CAAGCCGUCAAGAUGGCGGCUAGUGGCGGGGAGCUUGGAGGUGUAUUUGAUCACCAUGUCCAGCGGGCUGUAUGCGACACGCGGGCCAAGUAUCGGGAGGGGCGACGGCCUCGUGCUGUCAAGGUAUAUACAAUCAAUUUGGAAUCUCGGUACUUGUUAAUACAAGGAGUUCCUGCAGUGGGAGCGAUGAAGGAAUUAGUUGAGCGAUUUGCUUUGUAUGGUGCAAUUGAACAAUAUAAUGCUCUAGAUGAAUACCCAGCAGAAGACUUUACAGAAGUUUAUCUUAUUAAAUUUAUGAAUCUACAAAGUGCAAGGACAGCCAAGAGAAAAAUGGAUGAACAGAGUUUCUUUGGUGGAUUGCUUCACGUGUGCUAUGCUCCAGAAUUUGAAACAGUUGAAGAAACUAGAAAAAAAUUACAGGAGAGGAAGGCUUAUAUAGCAAGAACUACUAAAAAUAAAGAUCAUUACGUGACAAAGAAGAAACUGGUUACGGAGCUUAAAAACACACAAGAUUUUAGACAGGACUUCCAUUCAGAGACCUCUGGAUGUGCAGCCACAUUGAACACUUCUACUGGCAACUCAGAUCCUUGUCUUCCUUAUUCUUGUGAAUUGCCUUUAUGUUAUUUUUCCUCGAAAUGUACAUGUUCAUCAGGGGAGCAUAUGGACAGGGCAUCAAACUUCUCUCAGGAUGGUAGAAACCAUGAAGAAACAUUGGAGCAUUGUAUGCACAGUGACUCUUUGCAGAAAAUACAGGUGAAACCGUUUAAAAAUUCAUCAGCCUGCCCUGGCGCACAGAAGGCUAUUACUUCUUCAGAGGCAGUUGACAGAUUUAUGCCUAGGACAACACAACUGCAGGAGCGGAAAAGAAGAAGAGAAGAUGAUCGUAAAAUUGGAACUUUUCUUGGAACAAGCACGAGUAGUAAUGAGGUUAUGAUUGGGCCUCUGUUACCAGACUUACCCAAAGUGGAUAUGCACGAUGACUCGUUGAACACGACAGCAAAUUUAAUUCGGAAUAAACUUAAAGAGUUCCUGUUGAAUUAACUGAAUCUGACGAACAGAAAAGUAUCUGCUUUGAUAUCAUCAGCCUUUGCUUUGAACAGUGAGCAGAACAGGGGCGCCUGGUGGCUCAGUCAAUUAAGCAUUUGACUCUUGAUUGCAGCUCAGGUCAUGAACUCUUGGUACAUGAGUUUGAGCCCUGCAUCAGGCUCUCUGCUGUCAGCAAGGAGCCUGCUUUGGAUCCUCUGUUGGAUCUCUGCUCCUCCCCCACUUGUUCUCUCUGUCUCAAGAAUAAACAUUAAAAAAAUGAACAGAACAUAUUCUAUGUCAUUCUAGGUACAAAACAUAAAAGCAGUGGUUUCAGUCCGUGAGAUCAAUCUGUGAGAGUGGAGCCCAGGCCCUCUCUUUUUAAAGCUCCCCAAAUGGUUCUAUUAUGAGUCAAAGUACAGAAUUAUUGUGUUGAAGGAAAACUUUUUUUUUUUUUUAAUUUUUUUUUCAACAUUUAUUUAUUUUUGGGACAGAGAGAGACAGAGCAUG